AUGGAUCGUGCUCAUAUGAGAUCCCUUCAGAAGACUCUUGACAGUGAAUGGAACCUUGCAUGGGAUCUCUUGGAUAGUCCUGUUACCCUUCAUUCUUCCCUUGUUGAUGAUCUGCAUUGCACAUACCUUGAAAUACUUUGUGAUGUUUCUUUGGAUUUUGGCAAGCAUGAUUUUGAAGUUGAUGUUGGACAACAUAUAUGUGAUUGGUAUGGAAAAGAAAUAGAACCUUACAUAUCUCAGAGAAAAGAAGUACCCAUUGAUUCCAUCAGUACAUUAGUGCAAGAGUUAGUUUUCCUUUUCAUAGCUACUUUCCAGGAAGAUUCUACUCCUGCAUGGGAUACACUUCUGAGCACCUUAAAAUAUACUGUAGCCUUAUCAGAAAAGUUAAAAGAUUAUCCACAGAUUCAACAUUAUAUUAGAAGAACACAGUAUCAUGUGUCUAUUGCUCAAGGAAGAUUAUCAGGUUUAAACAUUCUGGAAACUCUGCAUGACAUCUUUCCACGGCUUGUUCCAGCAUCAACCAAAGACGAGAGGUCUCAAGGAAGACUUAAGAAGGUGAGAGAAGAGAUUCCGGUUUCUAUUCAAGAUGUUGGAGAUACAGACCCAUUUACAGAGUCUUGCUACAAAUCCAUAGAACAUUCUAAGGAACUGAAAAAAGAACAUGAGAUUUUACAAAUAGAUGUUAAUGAAAAUGAAGCAUCUUUCAACAAAACCUUCCCAGAAUUGAUGCAGGACAUCAAAGAAUUGGAACCUAUCUGUCAAUCUCAACAAAAUACUGCAUUAUGCACCUUGGAUUUGAAAGUUUCUAACUUUUUUCAGGUGGUCAUGACUACCACUGCUAUUGCUGCUAUGAUGGAUUUCCCCUUUACAUUUGUGGGGGCAAUUACACAGUUGUCAGCCAUGGGCAUGAUGGCUGUGUUCUAUUGGGAAUUGUACCAUUUUUGGCACCAUUCUCAUACGCCAACUCAAGAGGUUGUUUUGACCUCAGCUCAAUCAACUACAAAACUACCUUUUGAAGAUUCAGCUCUGAAAGAGAAAACCCAAAUUCAUUCUGUUGCAAAAGAUUCAAAAGGAUCUUUAGGUACACAAUCAGUCAUAGAAAGAAGAUGCAAGAAACAAUCUGCUACACAAGAUUUAAAAGACCCAUCCUUUGCACACUCGGCUAGAGAAGUGAAGGGCCAAACUCAAUCUGUUGCACAAAAUUUGAAAGACCCAUCUUUUGCACAGUCAGCUAGAGAAGGGAAAGGCCAUACUCAGUCUUUUGCACAAGAUUCAAAAGAACAAUCUUUUGCACAAUCGGCUACAGAAGGAGAAAGAAAAGCACAAUCUGAUUCACAAGAAUUGAAAGAAACAUUUUUAGAGCAUUCAACUAUGGAAAAAAAAUGCAAUUCACAAUGUGCUGCACAAGUGCCCACUCUUCCAAAAACUGGCCAAGAAGUUGUAGUGUAUUUCAAUUCACAAACAGAAGCAGAGAGCAAAAUACAGUUUUUCUACCUUGUUCCAUCACCAAAGAAACAGUAUAAUCCAUAUGAUUUAGCUGUUGUGCCAAAAAGUAAAGUUACAAAAGACCACUACAUUUUCUCAAAGUCUGCAGUAUUACAUGUUCAAAGUGAUGGAUCUUCAGAAAGCAUUUCCUUAGAAGAUUGGUCACGAGAAGCCAAACUGUUUGAAAGAUUAUCUGUUUUGCCAUCAUUUAAAAACUUCUUGCUCAGAAAGGCUUUCUUCCGAUGGAAAGAAAAUACCUUGUUACUUCAGUACAAUUCUACUCGACAGCUCUUAAGUGAGAGACUCUUACCUUUUGAUCCAGCUUUUAAAGGAACAUGGAUCAGAAUAAUGAGGAUUAUUUCCAGAAUCUCAGCCAUUGAACUUUUCCCUUGGGAGCCAACAGUGCAAUAUCUGCAGGAAUUUAGAGAUGGUUUAACAGAUCGAGCUCUUGCUGCCAAGCCCAUACUUGACAUGUGUUUGACAGAAGUUGAUUUAGAACUUGUCAGUGUUAGAAGGCAGAUUUUAUCCAAUUAUAACGUCUGGAAGAAAGCUGUUCGUUUGAGAACUAAAGCCCACAGCAAACUUCCAAUUGUUCAGUCUAAGCAAGAACAAGCAUACAGAAAACAACAGUUUCAGAAAGCCUUAAAUACAACACGAAAUCUUGGGACUUUUCAUACAUUUGUUAUUGAGCUUUUUACUUCUCACCUACUGCAUCUAGUCUACUACAACCUUCAGCGUUUUUUGGUUGCUUUAAAGGACUCUACACUGGCUUUCAAAAUGUCUCUUGUUAUUCAAGGUGCUUAA